ACAACCAGAUUAAGCGUGAAAGCAACAGCGUCCAUAUCAAAUCUUGAUUCUCGGUGCGCACUAAACGGUGGUUAGACAACCUCGUGUUGGCUCCAAACGGAAAAGAUGCUGAUGUUGAGCUGUAGACUGUGGCCAAGGCUUCUGUUUUUGGGACUGUUUUCGGGACUGGUGAUGUUAUCCCUGCUGCAGAGCAGUGCCGCACGCGUUAUUUAUUAUAAUGUGCUCAACAGUAAUCAGAGCAUAGAGGCCGAAAAUAACAACUCUAUCAACGCCAUCGGUAAGGGCAUGUUGUUCGAAGUACGACGCCUCGAAUGCAGGCGUGGCUUCAUGCAUGAUCAUCACAAUCGCUGUCGCCGGAUUGUAUAGCAACCUUUGGACUAAGGCUCGUUAACUUAUCGAUGUAUCCAGAAGUCAUUAACGAUUAAGCAUUAUAAUAUUUCAUAAAAACUACGUCACAAGACUGGAGCGAAGCGAUAUUUUCAUGAUGAAAUCAUGAGAAGUUUCACGAAUAGCAAAUGGCAAACGGCAGAUACUUUACAGAUACCGAUUGAGACACGGUGACAGAUACAGAAUACACGAGCACAAGACACACAUAUUUUUAAGAUAAAGGGACCAUUAGGCACUGACUCAACCAUCUAUUUUUAUAUCGAUAAAAACCCGCUUCGGUGGCGUUAGCUCGGUCACAUUUUGCGGAAUUUUGGGACGUGGUGCCACACCAGCUGGUCUGUGACGUAGCUAGCGACUUCCUAGGAAAGCCAUGAGACAACAACAAUAGCUGAUUAUUUUGUUUAUCAACUCAUGCUGCUAGCGUCUUUUUAGUGGGAACAGUUUGGUGAAUAGCCACUUCAAAUGUAAAAAACGUAACUGUCUGGCAUGGUGAUCCCCUUGGAUUUCUGAAUGAUGGUAAUGCAAAUUCGCCCAGUCUGUAUGUUGAAUAGUUAUACUGAAAAUAUAUACAUACAUAUAUUAACAAUUGCUGUAAAUCACUUAAUUCGCCGAAACCUGUACCCAGUGCCGAGCUGAAUGAAGAAACAUUCGAUCAUCCUCCAAUAUAUAUAUAUAUAUACAGAAACUGAAACUGGAAUUCCUAUUUGUUAGGUCCACACUAUGGGAAACUUAUUCUAUAAUAAAUUCAGUGGUUACAGUCCAAUCAUUCUAAAAGGGCUUUUUUGGCUUCAAUUUUGUUUUUUAAAUUUUAAAUUUCUAUAAAGUCCGAAACCGACGGGUUCAUACAGAUGGCUAGGAACACAACUCUGGAUUAAUUCAACCUGUUGCCUGAAUAUUAUAAAGUACACGUUUUUAUGACCUCUUUAAAAACGUUUAAAUCAGAUUCAGCUGUAGCUGUCAAUCAUUGAAUAUUGGACCUUCAUGUCAUAUCAAAGGUACAUUUUUUGAAAAUUUUAAAACAAGUCUCAAAAACAAGAGACGGACUGCAAAAUCAUAAUAUAGAUACAUUUUAAACAAUUUGCCGGACAGUAUGUGUUUAGCUACUAUUGGACUGUGAACAAGUGCAUUUACGCCCGGCUUCAACUUUCUUACUUCUUAUAGCCUGUAUAAAUUGAGAAUAAAUACUAUUUAUAAUGGAUUUGCUCAAAUGUAUGUUACAAGUGGAAGGAGUCGAAGUCGAGUCGAUCCAGUCAUAUCCGUAUGCAUGAACGCGUCGAUCGAAGAACCGCCUCUCUUGAAACAUUAUGAACAGGACAAAAGCAUGUGAGAAACCGACAGAGGCUUUACAGAAUUCACCCCACGGUCUCCUCUAUCGUUUAUUUGGAUAGAUUUAAGAAUAGCGAAAGUAAUAAUCGGAAGAAUACAAAAUCCCUUAUUGAACAGCUAGGUUAAAAUACUAAAUAAAAAUAUACUAAAUAAAAGUACCUUAAACAGGUAAGAAAGCUCUAAUCAGUACUGCCCGACUACGGAAUACCCAGAACCUCUUCUAUGCAGCUUUCGUUCAGUAUACAC